CUUUCUGAAAGGUUCGGUAAAAACUGGGAGGGGCGGCCUCUCGGGCCUCCGCGUGUUAGCCCCCUGCCUUCCCUGCUGCGGUGGGGAGAGGUGCUUCUAUUCCCCGCAGUUCCAGGAAGAGGGGGGCCUGCGUCACCCUGGGAUAGUCAGUGGAGCUGCAGUUUUCCAUCCAUAUCGUGCAAGAGCAUGGCCUUCGGAGGCAGCCGGGGCCAAGUUGAAGACGUACUCAGGUUGGACCAGGAGAGAGCAGGGCUGCCCGGUGCGGAGGACCCGGGACUGCUUAGCGCUGUGACGCGGGACACGCCGGUCCAGCGGAGCCCCAGGAGCAGCCAGCACGAGGAAGCAGCGACUGCCAUGGAUGAGGACCAGCUCCCGUCUGUACUGCCUGGGGAAGGCGGUGCUGCCUGGGACCCCAGCCCGGAGCCUGAGGAGGGGCCCGAGAUCCAGAAUGGAAUGGCAGCCAGUGAAGACCUGAGUAGCAGCCACAAUAGCCCAGGGCAUGAGAUAAGGGGCACCCUGGUGGAUGCCGAGGAGCCCAUGAAGGGCCCGGACGUGGUCCUCCAUGGCCUCAGCCUUGGCCUCUCCCUCACCAAUGGCCUGGUCCUGGGGCCAGACUCGAGCAUUCUGGAAGAUUCUACAGAGUCCAGGCCCUGGAGGGCUGUUGGGCUGGCAGAGGGGGACAGCGUCUCCAAGAGUCUCUGUCCAGACACUGAGGACUCUCAGCUGGGGCUGGGCGGCCCAGGAGAGCCGGACGUGCGUGAUGGUUUCAGUGCCACGUUCGAGAAGAUUGUGGAGUCGGAGCUGCUGCGGGGCACCCAGUACAGCAGCCUCGACUCCCUAGAUGUGCUGAGCCUCACGGAUGAGAGUGACAGCUGCGUCAGCUUCGAGGCCCCCCUGACGCCCCUCAUCCAGCAGCGGGCCCGUGAUAGCCCUGAGCCAGGAGCUGCCUUGGGCAUCGGGGACGGGGGGCCCGACGGGAGCCUGGGAGCGGCUGGUGGCGACGGGGAGCUGGGCAGCCCCCUGCGGCGCUCCAUCUCCAGCAGCCGCUCCGAGAACGUCCUGAGCCGCCUGUCUCUCACGGCAGUGCCCAAUGGCUUCCACGAAGACGGCCCUGGAGGUCCAGGCGGGGAUGAGGAGGAGGAGGAGGAGGAGGAGGAGGAGGACACGGACAAGCUGUUGAACUCAGCCAGCGACCCUAGCCUGAAGGAUGCCCUUUCAGAUUCAGACUCAGAGCUGAGCAGCUCGGAGGGGCUGGAGCCUGGCAGCACAGACCUGCUGGCCAAUGGGUGCCAGGGGGUCAGUGAAGCUGCUCGCCGGCUGGCACGCCGCCUCUAUCACCUUGAGGGCUUCCAGCGCUGUGACGUCGCCAGGCAGUUGGGCAAGAACAAUGAGUUCUGCAGGCUGGUGGCCGGGGAGUACCUCAGCUUCUUUGACUUCUCGGGCCUGACCCUGGACCGAGCGCUCAGAACCUUCCUCAAGGCCUUCCCGCUGAUGGGGGAGACGCAGGAGCGGGAGCGGGUCCUUACCCACUUCUCCCGCCGGUAUUGCCAGUGCAACCCCGACGACAGCACUUCGGAAGAUGGGAUCCACACGCUCACCUGUGCCCUGAUGCUGCUCAACACGGACCUGCACGGACAUAACAUCGGCAAGAAGAUGUCCUGCCAGCAAUUCAUUGCCAACUUGGAACAGCUGAAUGAUGGCCAAGACUUUGCCAAAGACCUUCUGAAGACCCUUUAUAACUCCAUCAAGAACGAGAAGCUGGAAUGGGCCAUCGAUGAGGACGAGCUGAGGAAAUCGCUGUCUGAGCUGGUGGAUGACAAGUUUGGCACAGGCACAAAGAAGGUGACACGGAUCCUGGAUGGCGGCAACCCCUUCCUGGAUGUCCCGCAGGCUCUCAGUGCCACCACCUACAAGCACGGUGUGCUGACCAGGAAGACUCACGCCGACAUGGAUGGCAAGAGGACGCCCCGAGGGAGGCGUGGCUGGAAGAAAUUCUACGCGGUGCUCAAAGGGACCAUCCUGUAUCUGCAGAAGGACGAAUACAGGCCUGACAAAGCUCUGUCUGAGAGUGACUUGAAGAACGCCAUCCGUGUGCACCAUGCUCUGGCCACCAGGGCCUCCGACUACAGCAAGAAGUCCAACGUGCUCAAGCUGAAGACAGCUGACUGGAGGGUCUUCCUCUUCCAGGCACCGAGCAAGGAGGAAAUGCUGUCCUGGAUCCUUAGGAUCAACCUGGUGGCAGCCACCUUCUCAGCCCCCGCCUUCCCGGCCGCAGUCAGCUCCAUGAAGAAGUUCUGCCGGCCCCUGCUGCCCUCCUGCACCACUCGCCUCUGCCAGGAGGAGCAGCUGCGUUCUCACGAGAGUAAGUUGAGGCAGGUGACUGCAGAGCUGGCUGAGCACCGGUGCCACCCAGCUGAGAGGGGCGUCAAGUCCAAGGAGGCGGAGGAGGACCGGCUGAAGGAGCAUUAUCUCACCUUUGAGAAAAGCCGUUAUGAGACCUAUAUCCACCUCCUGGCUGUGAAAAUCAAAGUGGGCUCAGAUGACCUCGAGCGGAUUGAGGCCCGGCUGGCCACCCUGGAAGGGGACGACCCUUCUCUCCGAAAGACACACUCAAGCCCUGCCCUCAGCCAGGGCCACGGGACUAUGACUGGCGGCAAAGCCACAAAGGAUACCACUGGGCCUGAUACUUAGCUGGCAUGGAUGGGCAGGCCCCAGAGGCAGGCAAAUGUCCCCAGAGGGGUCAGCGAGCACAAUUCCAGCCAGGGGCCACUUGGACCAGCUCCAGGCAGUUGACGGGUAGUCAGAGGGGUUUGGAGAGCCCCAUGGGCCUAGCAGACAUGCUAUUCAUGGCAUUGACCGUCUUGUGUCCUAGGGCUUCUCAGGGCCUCAGACCCUCUCCAGCCCUCACGUCCCUCUCCACCACGGAGCCUCAUUUUCUAGGCCAGCUGUGCACGCUCUAGACACCAUCUCACUGGAGAAGCAGGAAGGGUGCGGGCUUCCCAGGCCACCUUUUCUCGCAAGUUCCCCCCUCAUCUCCCUUGCUUGAGGGCAGGUCUUGACUCCAAGGUCUUGGACCUCCCACCCUUUAUCUUCCUUGUUCCUCGGAGUUGACCAGCAGCAGGUCUGCAGACCACCAGCACCAUCCUCUCCUCCCUCCACUAGCAGCAUCUGGAACUAUGCCCUGUUCUCCUACCUCCCAUUGCAAUAAUCCAGGACCAGGGCCUGCUCCCUCAGUGCCACGCUGUCUGCACUCACAUGUGCAUCCACCUCACCUUCCAUCCAUUGAGGCCACUACUGCUUUCUUUUAUAUGGACAUAAAUGUGUAUAUAUAUAUAAGAAUUAUAUAUAUGUAUAUAUAUAUGGAACCCCUUUAAAGAUGGUUUGGAACUGAUAUCAGAGGAUGAAAUAAGAUGAAGGAAGAGGCUAUUUCAGAACUCCGUCUGUUAGUGAGAAGGGCUGCUCUCUGGGCUUCUGGUGGCCCUGACAUUCUGGAAGGGAAGGUGGAACUAGUGCUGACCUUCUCUCACCCUGUUUCUACUCUUCUGGCUGACCUGUGACUACACUGCUCUUACAGUGAUGCUUUGGAGUAAAUCGUGUAUGUGUGCCGUCCCCUCUGUCCCACAGGCUUCCUGGGCUGCAAGUGGAUGGGGCUAUGGUCCUAUUUAUAUUUUGGUCCUUAUGUUGGUGCUGCCAGGUCUCUGAGCUCCAGAGGUGCCUCUUGUACAGAUCUGCUACAGGAAUAAAAGACAUUCUGCCUUGCAAAUAGCCACUUGUCAACAAGCCCAAAGAUGUUUGGUGGGGGAAGGGUAUGGAAGCCAUUCAUUCUUGGUCUUGGGAAUAGGUGGGAUGACAAGUUGCUGAUUGUUCUGCAGGUUGUUUUUUUUUUUUCCCACUCUUCUUGUGACUCAGAAACACGAGCUAAGGACAUGUUUGAGAAGAGAGAAAUUUGUCACGUGAUGAUCACAGACUAGCAUCUUUUAAUCCCUGCAUUCUUCAGACUGGCAAGUGGUGGGGGUGAUGACACCCUCAAUGCAGCUAUGAUGAGCAAAUCCUUACUAUUUUUUUAAUAGAUUAUUGUAGUUUGGCCAGCAAUUUGAUCUCAGUGGUAACACAUUUAGUGAAUAAGUCAACCUUGCAACUAAGUAUGCAACAUUUACAAGCACACUUGCAUUUGAUGCAAGGGACAUGUGAGCUUGCAGAAAAGUGUAGUGAUUUAAAUCCAGAUUCUUUAAGUCGGGUCAGCUGAAGUGUAUUUCAUAACCAAACCAUCUGGCCUCUUUGUUUUGCAGAGGGGAAGUAAAUGUUCAUUUAAAUGAAGUUGAAAGAGCAAUGUGACAACAUAAAAGAGCUCUCUGUACUUUCUCCACUGCCUCAGAGGUCCUUUUAGGUUUAGGGCCAGCUUCCCGCCCUCUAUCUCUUGGGGGUGCGUGAGUGAAAGCAGAGGAGCAAACGCCACUGCCUGCAAGCACAUGUGCUUCCCUGAACACUCCUUGUGUCUCCCGUCAGUAAAAAAAGUUUUAGUUCACUUUCUUAAUUGUAUAAUUAUUUAUUGUAAAUUAUAUACAUGUACUACUGUACUAAAAUAUUAUGUACAUUAUAAAACAUACACAAAAAUAGAAAUUUUAAAAGAUGAGAUGAAAAUAAACCUAAAUCAAAGUUCUAAUAUUUUUUUCCUGCAUUCUAAUGGACUAUCAUGUUUCCACCACUUGUUCCUAAUAUGCCCAUUUACCAGGACCGUCCAGACCUAGGGGCUGGUAGACGACAGGUGGGAUGCAGUAAGUGGUUCGUGCCACCUGGUGGUCCAGGGAAGUGGCCUCGGGCUCAGGGAUUCCUGGGGCUGACCCUUGGUGACAGUCUCUUGAGCCUUCAUGCUCAUUCAGUGAAGGUCAGCAGCACUGUGCAGGGUGCAGGGGAUCCUGGGGUGAGAAAAGGGUUGACCAGCAACCUGUCCACAUGUGGCUCACAGUCUGGUGCAGAUGGGGACAGGAAGUCCCCAUGAUCCCCUGGGACUCUGGGAGGGCUGGGGAGAUAAGCCAGAAGCGACCUGAGAGAAGGAGGAUUCGGAAGACUGGGGAAGAAGACUGUGACUCAGGAAGCUGCUGGAAGCUGCUAAGAGCUCCUGGGGGACAGGUGGUAGUAGGGAAGUCACUUAACAGGGCUGUACCUCUUCCUCACAGAUGCCCCUAAGGCAGGAACUUGAGAGGCAGAGUGAAGGCCUUUCUGGCCACACUUGCUGGUCAUGAAAAGGUGAAAAGGUUCACCAGGAGGUCAUUCAGAAUUAUUUGGGGUCACAUAGAGAUCAAGGGGUUCAUUUGGAAUCAUGGAGGUGGUUUCUGACUGAAAAUUCAGAAGGCAACAGCAACUUAAGACCCUCAGAGGGUCAAAUCAGACACCAAGCGGUCAUCCAGAAUUAUUUGGGGUCACAGAGAGGAAUUACUGGCUCUCAGAACAUUUUAAAGCCAACAGCAAACCCAGAGGCAGUAGAGGGCUCUGGAUGAGAUUAUCAGGCAGGGCUGGGAGAGGUCAGUAAUUUUCAGGUUUAUGUAGUAUUUUCAUUAUUUUCCAUUGUUUCUUUGUAACAGGUCCUUUUUUCCAGCACCCCCACAAUGAAUAUGAUGACUUCUUUCUUUUCUCCACUUCUCUUUCAUCCAGUUUUGGCUACUCUGUGUGAUUCCGGAAUGCAAAGCACAGGAUACUGUCAUCAUCAUCGCUGUCAAAUUAGACAUUAAUAGGCACCCAUUAUGUGCAGAAGCAAUGCCAGGUGCUUUAUAGAUAUCAUGCCCACAGCAACCCUUUGAGGUAGGAUUUAGCAUCACCAUUUUGCAGUUGAAGAAACUGUAGCCUAGAGAAAUCACAUAGCUAAAUGAGGGGCAAAGCUGGAAUUUGAAUUCAGGUCCUGUUGAUUCCUCAGCCCUCUCAACCCUAAACCUCUGUCUCUCCUGCCUGUAGG